AUGGGAGAUGAUGAAAGUGAUAAUAAUAAUAAUAAUAAUAAUAAUAAUAAUAAUAAUAAUAAUAAUAAUAUUGGAUGUAAAAUUUUAAAAACAGUUAUUAGUGGUAGGAGAAGUAUAUUAUUGGAAUCAUAUAAUAAUAAUAAUAAAAAUAAAAAUAAUAAUAAUAUUAUUAUUAAAAGCUAUGAAGAUGAAUUUAAUUUAUUUAAAUUAAAUAAUAAAAAGGAGUUAUCAAUUGAAAAAUUACAAACAAUUGCAAAAGAUAAUGGAUUACCAUUUGAUGAAAAUGAAAAUGAUUUAUAUAAUAGAAUUGAAAUAUAUUAUAAUAUUAAAAUUAAAUUAGAAAAAGAAGUUAAACAACAACAUGAUAAUAAUCCAUUUAAUAAAGGUCACCCAAUAUUAUUAAUUAAUAAUGAUAAUAAAAAUGAAAUACUAUUUUGGAAAGUUUUUAGAAAUAAAUUAAUUUUUAAAAAUAUAUUUUCAAAUUUCAAAUAUUCAAAUUUAUUUAAUUAUUCAAGAUUAUUCUCAGUUUAUAAUAUUUAUAAUGAUUUUAAUAAUUGUAUUGAAAUCAUUAGAGAUAAAGUAAAAUCAAAUAGUUAUUUAGCAUUUGGUCAUUGUUUAGAUAAUUUCAGUGGUUUGUCAACUAUUUUAAAAAAUAUUAAAAAAGAUACUCAAGAAAAUCAAUUAUUUCAUAACCGAUUAUUAAAUAAUUAUUGUAAUAAAUUAAUUCAUGCUGGUAAUUUUUUUAAAAUUAUUAUUGAGUCAUUUAAUUUGUUAGCAUUAAAAUCAUUUUUUAAUAAUAAAACUUUAAAAAUUAAAAAAGUUAAAAUUAAUUUUGAAAUUAAUAAAAUUUCAGAAUUAAAAUUUUUAGAAUAUUUAUUUAAUAAUCAUAAAGAAUAUAUUGAAAUUCAAAAAAUAAUUAUCACUAUUUUAAAACCAAAUAUAUUUGAAAAAUUUAAAUUGGGUGAAUUAAUAAAAUUGGUUAUGAUAUUAUAUGAUGAUGAAAUUUACACAAAAAUUGAAAAACUAGAUAAUUUAAAAAAUAAAUUAAUAUAUAAUAAAAUUAAAGAAUUUCAAUUUUCAGAUAAAGAAUUAAAUGAAAAUUUAUUAACACUUUUAAAACCAGUCACUAAAUCAGACAGAUUUUACAUAAAAUUAAAUGAUAAUUAUAAUAAUAAAUUAAACAUAAUUUUUAAAUAUAUUAAUAUAUUUUACAAAUUAGUUGGAGGAUCAACUAUAAAACCAUUUGAAUAUUAUUUCACUCACAUGGGUGAAAAAGAAUUAAUUGAAAACAAACCAAAUGAAAUCAAUCAAAGGCAAACUAAAAUGGUGAUAAAUUCAAAUAUUAAAAGAAUUCUUUUAAAAAAUAAUAAUGAUACACAUGAAACUAUCAAUAGUAUUAAAUCAAUUGAUAUGUUGGAUUCCCUUUUUAAUAAUUAUCAAGAUCAAUUUUUUAAAGAUAGAAAUGAAAAUUGGAAAUAUGUUAAUAGUAUUACAAUUUUAAAACAUUAUGAAAAAUUAAUGCUAUCAUUAGGUAGAAAAUUUUCAUUUAAUAAUUCUAAUGUUAUUGAGAUUGGGUCAAAAGGAAUUCAAUCAAAAUUAUAUUUAAUAGCAAUUAAUAAUCCAUCAUUAUAUCAAGUAAUUGGUGAAAAAAAAAAAAAAAAGGAUUAUGUUUUAAAUUUAAAUUUUAUUGCCUUUCCAGGCAAAUUAACUUUUAUAUCAUUAAUAGAAUCGAAUUAUUUUAAAAAUAUUAAAAUUUCAGAAUCCUUAGAAUUUACUAAAUAUAUUACUAUAUCAAGAUGGAUUUCAGAUAAUUGUAUUUCAAUUUUUUCUGAUAAUAAUAAACCUGAAAUUUAUAUUCAAUUACCAAAUUUAAAAAAAAUUAAUAUUGUUAGUGGAAUAAGUAGUGGUAGUGGUAUAAGUAGUGGUAGUGGUGGUAAUGAUGGGAAAAUUAAAAUUAUUUUAGAUCAACUUCAAUUAGUUCAAAUUUUAUAUAAUUCAAAUCGUAUUGAUGAUAUUUUUAAAAUUAAAAAUUUAGAUAGUAAUAUAAUUACUAGUUUUAUUAAAAAUAUAAGUCCACAUAUUUCAUUAGAUUUCGUUAAUAGAUUAAUUAUUAGAGGAUAUUUUAAUAAUUAUCAAAAAAAAAAUAAUUUUUUAAAUCAAAUAGUUUUAAAUAAUAAUCUUCCAAUUAUUAAAUUUUUAUAUUUAAAUCAUAGUAGUUGUUUCUUUUAUUAUAAUUUAAAAGAUUUACUUUUAUUAGCAAUUAGUAAUGAUAAUUAUCAAAUAGCUGAACUUUUUUUUGUAUUUUGUAACUUUACAAGAAAAGAAUUGAAAUCAGUAAUAAAAACAAAAUUUUCAUUAAUAGAACUAAUCCAUGGAAAUAAAUUAAAAUUAGGAAUAGAAAUAAUAAAAAAAUAA